AUGAAGCACCUUGCAGUUCUCUUCACCAUUGUUGCACUCUCUGAGUGUCUCGUUAAGAUUCCAUUGGAGAGAGGGAAGAAACUGAGAGAGCAUCUCCGAGAGAAAAAUCUGCUGGAAAACUUUCUACAGCGCUAUAAUUAUGACAUUGGUACAAAAUAUCAACCAGCUUUUACUAAAGCCACCCUGAUAGCUAAUGAGCCACUUCUGAACUUCUUAGAUACAGAAUACUAUGGAACAAUCGACAUCGGAACCCCACCGCAGAACUUCACUGUUGUGUUUGACACUGGAUCAUCUAAUCUCUGGGUACCCUCUGUCCACUGCAUUAGCACAGCAUGUCAAGGCCAUAACAGGUUUAGCCCAUCUCAGUCUUCCACCUUCAGAAGGACACAACGGACAGUAUCCAUUCAGUAUGGCACAGGAAGCAUGACAGGGAUCUUGGGAUACGACACGGUGCUGGUCUCCGGUCUUACCAGUACCAAUCAGAUAUUUGGCUUAAGCACAAGCGAGCCUGGCAGCGUCUUUGCCAAUGCUAAAUUUGAUGGGAUCCUGGGCUUAGCCUAUCCGUCGAUUGCUUCUGGCGGAGCAACUCCUGUCUUUGACAACUUGAUGAACUUGGGCCUAGUGCAGCAAGAUUUGUUUUCUGUUUAUCUCAGCCGAGAAAAAACUGGGAGUGUGCUCACUUUGGGUGCCAUUGAUGAUUCUCACUAUACUGGUUCCAUUAAUUGGAUACCUGUCACAAAACAAGGUUACUGGCAGAUUGCAGUGGAUGGCAUUCUAGUGAAUGGCCAGGCGAUUGCCUGCAGUGGUGGCUGUCCAGCUAUUGUUGACACAGGCACCUCCCUUUUGGCCGGCCCAGAAGCUGAAAUAAGUAGCCUGCAAAAAGCUAUUGGAGCUACUCCAGGCCUGAAUGGCGAGUAUGACGUCAGCUGCAGUAACCUCCCCAAUAUGCCGGAUGUUGUUUUUGUGAUCAAUGGAAUCCAUUAUCCUCUGACCCCAUCUGCCUACACUGAUCAGGUACAUAAUGGAUCUUGCAUCAGUGGUUUCCAAAACUUACCUGGAGACCUCUGGAUCCUAGGAGAUGUGUUCAUAAGAGAAUACUUCAGUGUUUUUGACAGAGGACACGACCGUGUUGGCCUGGCAAAGGCAGUUUAG